AGCGCUGCGCCAGGCCCAGCGCAGCUCCGGGCCGCGGACGCAGGACCAGAGGCUGGCGCGCUUGUUUUCCAGCUGCCGCCUCGCCCAGCGCAGCCCCCGCCCGCCUGUCCGCCGCGUUAAAUUCGGCCCCGCCCGCCAUCCUUGCCCUGCGCUGGAUUUAUGAAUGGGGGGAAGAGGCCACAUGCCGCCGCCGCCGUCUUGUGUUGACCGCACGCAGCCCGGGCCCGCGGAGCUCCGGCUGCCGUGAGAGCGUCUGCCGGGUCCCGGCAGCCGCUUGGAGGACUUGUUGCUGCUGCGCUGCCGCCGCGGGAAAACCGGUUGCUCCCGGGGCUCGGCGCGAUCUGGUAGCCAACGGGUGGCCCGUGUGAGCGCGAGGGCGCGCGCAGGACCCUCGCAGUGCGCCCGGACUGUGAGCUUCCUUGUCUUUUAGGGGGUGGGGGGGGCGUGUCCCAUCCUAGCAGGGGACCGUGUGUGUGCUUGCCCCUACCUCCCCCAGCCCUUCUCUUGGGUUCUCGACUCUGCUCUCCGUCUCUUGCUCUCUUCUCCGGCGCUGCCUGCCUUAACCCCAACCACCUGUGCACCCAAGAAACCCAACUCCUCCGGCUCUGCGCCCCGGGCGGGGGUAGGCAGGGGCAGGGCCAAGCCGCAGAGGGGGCCGCCACAGUAUCCUGCCUCCUCCUCGUCUCCUCCCCCUCCCCCGUCUGACGCUGCUUCCUCGGGAAGGGUGUUUGGAGGGCAGCGGCCGCCCCAAGCCGGAGCCCCGCAGCGCUUCUUAUGAUCAGCUCGGUGUGUGUCUCCUCCUACCGCGGGCGAAAGUCGGGGAACAAGCCUCCGUCCAAAACAUGUCUGAAGGAAGAAAUGGCCAAGGGCGAGGCGUCGGAGAAGAUCAUCAUCAACGUGGGUGGCACGCGACAUGAGACCUACCGCAGCACCCUGCGCACCCUACCGGGCACCCGCCUCGCCUGGCUGGCCGACCCCGACGGCGGGGGCCGGCCUGAGACCGAUGGCGCUGGUGCGGGUAGCAGCGGCAGCAACGGCGGCGGGGGCUGCGAGUUCUUCUUCGACAGGCACCCGGGUGUGUUCGCCUACGUGCUCAACUACUACCGCACCGGCAAGCUGCACUGCCCUGCCGACGUGUGCGGGCCGCUUUUCGAGGAGGAGCUCACCUUCUGGGGCAUCGACGAGACCGACGUGGAGCCCUGCUGCUGGAUGACCUAUCGGCAACACCGCGACGCCGAGGAGGCACUUGACAUCUUUGAGAGCCCAGACGGAGGAGGCGGCGGCGGCGGCGCAGGGCCCAACGACGAGGCUGGCGACGAUGAGCGAGAGCUGGCCCUACAGCGCCUGGGCCCUCACGAGGGAUGUGCAGGCUCGGGCUCUGGGUCCGGGAGCUGCCGCGGCUGGCAGCCCCGCAUGUGGGCGCUCUUCGAGGAUCCCUACUCUUCCAGGGCGGCCAGGGUGGUAGCCUUCGCCUCUCUUUUCUUCAUUCUGGUCUCCAUCACUACCUUCUGCCUGGAGACCCAUGAGGCCUUCAACAUUGACCGCAACGUGACAGAGAUCCAUCGUGUGGGGAACAUCACCAGCGUGCGCUUCCGGCGGGAGGUGGAGACAGAGCCCAUCCUGACCUACAUCGAGGGCGUGUGUGUGCUGUGGUUCACGCUGGAGUUCCUGGUGCGCAUCGUGUGCUGCCCUGACACCCUGGACUUUGUCAAGAACCUGCUGAACAUCAUCGACUUUGUGGCCAUCCUGCCCUUCUACCUGGAGGUGGGACUGAGUGGCCUGUCCUCCAAGGCGGCCCGCGACGUGCUGGGCUUCCUGCGCGUGGUGCGCUUCGUGCGCAUCCUGCGCAUCUUCAAGCUCACGCGCCACUUCGUAGGGCUGCGUGUGCUGGGCCACACACUGCGGGCGAGCACCAACGAGUUCCUGCUGCUCAUCAUCUUUCUGGCCCUGGGCGUGCUCAUCUUCGCCACAAUGAUCUACUAUGCUGAGCGCAUUGGGGCCAGACCCUCUGACCCGCGGGGCAAUGACCACACCGACUUCAAGAACAUCCCCAUAGGCUUCUGGUGGGCUGUGGUCACCAUGACAACACUGGGCUAUGGGGACAUGUACCCCAAAACUUGGUCAGGCAUGCUGGUGGGGGCGUUGUGUGCGCUGGCAGGCGUGCUUACUAUUGCCAUGCCAGUGCCCGUCAUUGUCAACAAUUUCGGCAUGUACUACUCCCUGGCCAUGGCCAAGCAAAAGCUGCCCAAGAAACGGAAGAAGCAUGUGCCACGGCCAGCCCAGCUUGAGUCACCUAUGUAUUGCAAGUCCGAGGAGACCUCACCCCGGGACAGCACCUAUAGUGAUACCAGCCCCCCUGCCCGGGAAGAGGGUAUGGUCGAGAGGAACCGGGCAGACUCCAAGCAGAAUGGUGAUGCCAAUGCAGUGCUGUCAGAUGAGGAGGGAGGUGGCCUCACCCAGCCCCUGGCCUCUGCCCCUACCCCUGAGGAGCGCCGGGCCCUGCGACGCUCUGCCACUCGAGACAGAAACAAGAAGGCAGCUGCCUGCUUCCUGCUCAGCACUGGGGACUUUGCCUGUGCUGAUGGUAGUGUCCGGAAAGAGACCUGCCAAGACGCCCUCUCGUCCAACUAUGCCCAGGCUGAAGUCCUCACCCUCUCUUAAAGCGGCACCAACGUGAGAGAGACAGGCAGACAGACAGAAAGCCAAAGGCUUAGGGAAACUCUGGAACCCAGGCAAGAAUCUUUCGCUGGGAAAGACUCAGAUAUCCUUGUUUGCACAGGACUGGUGGAAAACCUCCCAUGCAACCCUCGGGGCCUGGAGCCAUCUAGGUCUGAUGUUCUGUUCUACUGUACAUUGAAGAGAUAUAUAUGCACAUAUAGUAUCUAUAUUCAUACAUACUAUACUCUUGUGUGUAGUGCACGUGCUAUUGGUGGUUGUCCUUGUUAGGCUAUGUCUCUCCAACCCCUUGCCUCACCCUAAGUUUCCCAUCCCUUUCCCUGAUUCCUUAUUGUUUCUUCUGACUGUGUAUUUGGAAUGUCCUAGGAAAAGUGUACCUGGGAAUUGCAAGUCCAGCUGGGUGGUCCCAGGCUACUCUCUCAGGAGUGUUUGCCCUGUCACAGGGAGCCUAUUGAAGGCCAGACUGCCCUUCAGGGUCACUGCUCCAUUAGCCCCACCCCAGCCCAGAUUGGGGUUCUACCUCCCACCCUGCACCCUAACUGUGGGGGACUUCCAGGGCCUCCACUCCUUUUUCCCAUAUCUGUGUCAUUGACUGAGGGGGGCAUUUUGUCUUUUUUAAUUUUUGAUUAUUCUGUCUCCUUCGUCUGUUUGUUUUUAAAGAUGCUGCUGGGCAGACGGGCAGGGAAGGGGUCUGUCUGCCCAUCUGGCUCAGGGGUCUGAGAAGGGGAAGCCUCGGGUGAGAGGAGACCAGUUGCAAUACUGUACUUCCUGGCCAGUGGCCAGAGGAUGUGUGCAAUAGCAGAGGCCAGGUGACCCCUUCAGCCUUGGCCUCUGCCCCUCCCUCAGCUCUCCCUCCCCACCCCAUUCUUCCCUGCCCCUUCCUGGUGUUGGUCAGUCCUAUUCUAAAGCUGUCUCCUUGUGUGUGUCUGAGGCAUGCCUAGGCCGGGCCUUGUGCCCUGUCCGCAUGCCGUCAACUGUUAUGCUGUGCUCGAGCCCCAAUAAAGACAUCUGGAGCAUCUUGCUGCUCCUGCUGUGUGA